GCUAGAGUUACCCCACGCUGCGGACAGCUCUCAACAACUCUUCACACGGAAAGGCGACAAGGCCGCUCUUACAAGGGGAAAAAAAAGCCUUCUCUUCUAUCUCUUUCCUGUAUUUGGGAAAUUGAUGGUUUGAAAAGAUCAGAUCAGAUGGCUGAGAGCUAUUGCCCUGACUGCAAGAGAAGCACGGAAGUCGUAUUCGAUCAUGCCGCCGGCGACACCGUCUGCUACGAGUGCGGUCUCGUUCUUGAGGCUCAUUCCGUCGAUGAGACCUCCGAAUGGAGAACUUUCGCUAACGAGUCCGGCGACAACGAUCCCGUCCGUGUCGGUGGUCCCUCCAACCCUCUUCUCACCGAUGGUGGUCUCUCCACCGUCAUUUCAAAGCCUAACGGCGUCCAGACCGAUUUCCUCUCAUCCUCCCUCGGUCGCUGGCAGAACCGCGGCUCCAAUCCUGACCGUUCUCUUAUCCUCGCCUUCAAGAACAUCGCUGCGAUGUCCGAUCGGUUGGGCCUUGUUGCGACAAUUAAGGAUCGUGCCAACGAGAUAUACAAGAAGGUUGAAGAUCUGAAGUCUAUUAGGGGAAGAAAUCAGGAUGCAAUUUUUGCUGCCUGCCUAUAUAUUGCUUGUCGGCAGGAGGACCGGCCUCGCACUGUUAAGGAAAUUUGCUCUGUUGCUAAUGGAGCUACGAAAAAGGAAAUUGGUCGGGCAAAAGAAUACAUUGUGAAACAGCUGGAGCUUGAGAUGGGCCAAUCGAUGGAGAUGGGAACUAUACAUGCUGGGGAUUUUCUGAGGCGCUUCUGUUCACAUCUCGGGAUGUCCAAUCAGGCAGUUAAAGCUGCCCAAGAAGCCGUGCAGAAAUCUGAGGAGCUGGAUAUAAGGAGAAGCCCCAUAUCGAUUGCAGCAGCUGUUAUUUACAUGAUUACCCAGCUGUCAGAUGACAAAAAACUUCUCAGAGAUAUUUCGCUGGCCACUGGAGUGGCGGAAGGCACCAUCAGAAAUUCUUACAAAGAUCUCUAUCCCUAUGCUGCCAGGCUGAUACCAAGUUCCUUCGCCAAGGAAGAGGACCUCAGAAACCUUUGCAGCCCUUGAAAAUUAAAACUACCACUCACUCUCGUUUGAAGGAGAGAGCACUUGCAGAAUUUCGUUUCUCUUGUAUGCAACUCUCAUAGGGAUGAUGAUUUGCUCACAUCGUCAUUCAAUCCUGUGAAUGAAUGGAAACCCAGAUAGCUCCUGCCCUCCCCAUGAGGAUAGAGGCUCUCCUUCUUCCUUUCAUCCUCUCCUUUUUCUUUCUUUUAUUACUGAUGAUACGUUUUGAUGUCCAAUACAAGUUGCCUGUGGGCAGCCUCAAUGAUAUUUGUUUGAAUAAUUAUUUAAGAUUAUAUUAUUAGACUACUGAGCAGUCAUCUUA